AUGGCUUCCAUCUACGAUCUCAACCAUCCGUGGUCAUCUUUUGAAUCUCCAGUAACUGGUCUGGAGAACCACCCUUUUUCGCGCGCGGAGGUCACCAUGGCCCCGGCCCUCACCACCAUGGUCCCCCUCCCCACUUUGCUCCCUGGGGUUUCAGCGGUCGCAACCACCACUACCACCAUGGUCCCCCUUCAGCCUGGGGAUGGGGAGGCCCCGCCGAACACGGCCACAAGGGUCGCCACGGCCGUGGCGGUCGUCGCCAUGGCCACAAGUGGCACGACGAAAAUACCGACGCAGAGCAAACCGGAGAAAGAUAUUAACGCCUCCGGCUCCGACGGCGAGGGCCGCCAUGGUCGCAAGGAGAAGCACAAGGGCCGCUUCGGUCGCCGUGGUCACCAUGGUCACCAUGGCCGCAACAAAUGGAACAACGACCAUCAAAACGAGGACGCCGAAAUGGGCGAACGUGCCGAAGUAGAAUCGCGCGCCGAAACUGUGACCCCCGAGGACCAGGAGAAAGACAUCCACACGCCCACCAGCUCCGACUCUGAGGGUGAGCCCCGCCACGGCCGCAAGGAUAAGCACAAGGGUCGUCAUGGCGCCGGCAAAGCCGAGCGCGGCGGUAAAGGCUGCAAGGGUCGCCACGGUCAUGGACCAGGACACAAAGGUGGCUUCGGUAAAUUCGGUAAGCGUGGUCAUGGUGGACCCCAUGGACCUCACGCAUUCGGAUUCGGUCACCCACACCCACACGCGCACCCCUAUCACAUGUCCGGUGCUGGUAGUGAAUUUCACGGAAAGGGCCACCACAAGGGAGGUCGUCACGGUCACGGUCACGGCAUGUGGCAUGGUAAACAUCAUGGACCCGGAUUCCCCGGAGCUAUGCGACACCAUCACGCCAUUCAGCAUAUGCUAUGGCCAUUUGGAUCACCAUUCUCAGGCCCCCAGAACACAUUUCACUUCACCCCCGCCGUCGAUGUCUUCGAUACAUCCGACAACUACAUCGUACACGUCUCUCUCCCCGGUGCCAAGAAGAGCGAUCUCAACCUCCAAUACGAUCCUGAGGAAUCAGUUCUACGCCUUUCAGGUAUCGUUCAUCGACCCGGUAUGAACGAGGAGCUGCAUCAGACUCUUGCUAUGGAGGAGCGUUCCCAGGAAAUCGGUGCAUUUGAGAGAGUCGUUCGUCUUGGAACUCCCUAUGUCCCCGCUUCUGUCCUUGUUGAUCGGAUCUCUGCCAACCUUGAGGAUGGUGUCUUGGUAGUCACCAUUCCGAAGGAGGAGCUUCCAAACAAGGGAGCCCUGUGUAAGGAGAUCCCAAUCAAUUGUGAGGAGUGUUACAAUGAGGAAAGCUGGGGUGCUUCCAAGGAGGACAACGGUAUGGUGCUAGAUGAGCAUCAUGCCGAAAAUCAGGCAGCUCGUGAAGAGGAGGAAAGCGAGUCGGAGGUUGAGGAGAACGGAUACGUGAAUAUUCCUGUGGAGUAA